AACUGACGCGACAGUUCGCGCGUUUUUGUUAGCCGUUCUCUAAAACACACAAAACUAUCGAUUUGAUCGAAUUAUGAAUGGAAAUGGAAGUAAAGGUUGACGUGCAUACAGUAUACCCAUCGUCAUCCAAAACAGAAACAACAUGUCCGCAGAAGACCACAGUAAAAGACUCUAGAUCAUGGGGAACUCCAGACUCCACUCCAUCACGACCUCCCUUGACGAAAACGACUUCUAACAUAGAAACACAGACUUACAAAAGAGAAGACGAAGAUGUCUCAGAUAGAAAAGGAACAAUUUUUACAAUAGAAAACAGAGUCAGUCUAUUUGAAAGAUUUCCCGGACCGAAAAAUGAAAAUACGUUGCCUUCGACGGAGUUACAAAGUUUUGAGAAAUUUACAAGAAGUUCGCUCAGAAGGAAAAGUAAGCCCGAUGACCUGUCAAUAGAAGAAAUACUUUCAAUACAAAGCCCAGUUCCCGAAAUUCCUGUGGAAAAGGAACGUAAGCAUUUGAAACUGCCCACGUUGUGCGACCCACACAUACCAAUUGAUCCUCAAGGUCGCGUUUAUAUAACUUGGCUGUUUCUAGUAACCUUCUGUUAUGGUUACAAUGCUUGGUGUGUGGUUCUACGGGCGACCUUCCCCUAUCAAACUCCAGAAAAUCUUCCAUUAUGGAUGACCUUGGAUUAUUUCUGUGACCUGGUUUACCUCUUUGAUGUCGCCUUUGUAAAGCCAAGAUUAAUGUUUUUAAAUGAAGGCUUUUGGGUAACUGAUCAAGUAGAGACAAGGAAAAAUUAUAAGAAGACGAAACAAUACAAGUUCGAUGUAAUAUCUCUCCUUCCCCUUGAUGUUCUAUACUUGUAUUUCGGCCCGAAACUGGUAAUUUUACGAUUACCAAGACUGCUCAAAUUACAAACUUUCUGGGAGUUCCACCAAACUAUGGACCGGGUCCUUUCUUCUCCAUAUGUGGUGAGAAUAGGGAAGACUUUAUUCUACAUCUUCUAUUUGAUCCAUCUCAAUGCUUGUGCAUAUUAUGCGGUCAGCAAAUACAUCGGCCUGGGUUCAAACUCGUGGGUUUAUGACAACGAGGGUAAUGCAUAUAUCCGUUGCUUCUAUUUUGCUACCAAAACUGCAACUUCUAUUGGUAAAAAUCCCAAGCCGGUAUACUCUUGGGAGUAUUUAUACAUGACUGUCGCUUGGUUGAUGGGUGUGUUCGUAUUUGCUCUGCUCAUUGGUCAGAUACGUGACAUUAUAGCAACAGCAACACGUCAGGAGACGGAAUACCGACAGAAGGUGGAUGGAUGUGUCAGAUACCUUCGCAGUCUCAACAUGCCGAUGUCUCUACAGCGUCGUGUCACUUGCUGGUUCUCUUACACCUGGAGUCAGCAGCGAUGUUUCGAUGAAGGAAAGAUCCUUAACUCUCUCCCUUACAAUAUGAAACGGGACGUGGCACUCGAAGUCCAUAUGUCAACGUUAAGUAAGGUGCAACUAUUCCGCGAUUGUUCAGCGUCCCUGCUGCGAGACCUGGUGCUCCAGCUGCGACCCGUAUCCUUCCUGCCUGGCGACGUGGUGGUGCGGCGCGGAGACGUCGGCCACCAGAUGUACAUCAUCAAGACCGGCGAGUGUGUCGUAAUGGACCCCGAGGAAAAGGAGGUUUUAGUCAGCUUGAGAGAAGGCUCCGUGUUUGGGGAGAUCAGUUUACUGGGCAUCGAUGGUCUUCGAAGACGUACCGCUACGGUCAGGUCCCGAGGAUAUUCCACACUCUUCGCACUUUCACGAAACGAUAUGGACACAGCAUUGAGCUAUCAUAAAGAAGCAGCGAAAAUACUUCGUCGUAGAGCAGAUCAGAUCAUAAGAGAGAACGCUGCAAGACAGACGAAACAAAAGAUGGACGACGAAGAUAAGAUAGAGACCGUUAAAAGGCGGAGAAGCGGCAGUAGCGUUGACAGCAACCUGACAGUUGACAGAAGGAAAAGAUCUGCAAGCUCGCAAUCUAAGAGAAAAUUGUCUAUGGUUUCCGAGGACAGACCCCACCAUUUGCGGAUCUCUACCGAACACCAGCAGACAACUUCCAGAGAGAGAGUGUGGACUCCUGUGCCUACAAUAGUUCUUCCUGAAGAUUCCUAAAAAUAUCUACACGACUAAUAUAAAAUAAAUAACAUCAAAAUGUAUUUUUGUACCAUAGAUGGUGGCUGCAAGAAAAUAUAGAAAAUUAAAUAAAAUAACUUGAAAUAUAAGAAUUUCAAACUAAGUACGGCUUUUAUAGUUUUCUUAUGGGGAGUUUGAGAAUAAAAUAUAAGAGCAUUAACACCCUCGAGUACAAAUGAUAUCUAUGUUGUUGUCAUAUCAUAUCUAUAUUAUAAAUGUUUUAUGUGCGUUUGUAUGUAAGUACACACACAUACAUAUAUUAAUAGAUUUUGAAUAUCGUAAUACUUUUAUUAUUAACUUUUUCGCCCCACAAAAGACUUACUCGACUUAGUCGAGUAGCAGGCAAUAUAAGUUUAUAUCUGUUCCUGGUGUUAACAUUAUAGUUAUGACAGUUUCUAGCAAAUUCACUUAUGUGCCUAUGAACAUACAUUACAUUAUCAAGAAUAUAUUGAGAAGCAACAGUCAAGAUGUUAAUUUCUUUGAAUGUUGCUCUUGCUUUAGGACCAAGGUUAUAAAUAGCGCGUAUAGACCUCUUCUGCAGCACAAAUAUUGUAUUUAUAUCGGCAGCGCUGCCCCAUGGGACAUAAUACUAUGGAAAUAACUAAAGUAAACUAGUCGCGUAUCUAUGAUAGUUAAUUGUCUAAUCUUAUUAACCGCGUAUGCUGCAGAACUAAGUCUGCUUGCCAAUCCUUCAAUAUGGGGGCCCCAUUGAUAGUUUUCAACUCAUAUUGUACUCUUUAUCCCGGUAAAUCUACCCUCAAUACGGGACCCACGCAGCAGAAGACGCUAUCAGAUACUAAUGUUAUAUAGAAAUAUAUUUACAUAUGUCAAAACUUAAACACAAAAUACGAAAUAUUAUUAAACUUUAUGUUGCAAUGAAAUAAGACAGCCAAUAUAAAAUACCGAAUUUUCGAUUCCUAUCAUUAACAAAUGAAAAAUUAAUCUUUUUGCCACAUUGGAUUCCAUUUUUAUGUUUUAAAUGUCGCAGGUAUAUUGUCAAAGCCGUGAAGUAUAACUUUACUUGUGAUAUUAUAAUUAAACGGUAGAUUGUCAAUCGACUUCAUUUCUUACAAUUUAACGGCCUGGUAACGUAGUAUUUAAAUUCUCUUUGGGCCUAGUUUUAGCAACAUUGUAAUGUAUAUGGGUGUACUUUACACAGACAGUGUAAUCUAAUGGGUAUACUAUAAGUGAUAUUGUUAUAAAUUUAGGUAUUUAGCAAAUGAAGUUAUCAGUGUGAGACGUCGAGCCUUCUGAUUGGUAAAAAAAUACAGUUACAAAAGCACGCGAUUUAAUGCUUUAAAAGUAUUUCAUUUAAAUAAUUGUGGUAUUUUUUUGUGAAAUUAAAGUUACCUUUGUAGUGCUAUAAUGUUCUUUAUGAAUGAUAACUAGUUACAAGUAAAUAGCUAAGUAUGUAGAUUUAGCAAAUUGAAAUAUCAUAAAAAUAUCAUAUUUUGGAUGUAACUUGAUAAUGUAACAUAACAAUCUCUU